GCGCAGCGCUGCAGACCUAGACUAAAUUGAGGUCUUUGUUGAGACCAAUAGACAAAUCUUGCUCACGCUUUUUAUACACCACAGGAGAAUAUAUUAAAAAGAAAAAAAUGCGUUGGAUACAGUCGAGACCCUGCAAGACUAAUGCAGCAGCAUAAGUAGAGCUGACAACAUCGGAUGUACACAAACAAACCCAGCGUUCUCGUUUUAAGGAGGUAUUGUUUUUGUUUUUAAGCGUAGGUUGGUUUUAUUUCGAAAUCGCGACAAGUGGUUGAUCGACAUGGGGAAAUAUCAUAUUUAAAAGGAGAAUCAUGAAAGAGCAUAGGGAUAUUUCUGUGGAAAGGUUGCCCAUGGCACACAGGUCAAGUGGGGUUCAACUUUCCAGCUGCCUCGUCCAAACAGAGGAGAAGGGGGAACCUAAGAGAAGAUAUCUGUGGGCCAUCUCUAUCCCUCAUAUUUCACAUAAAUAGUCAACAUUUGGGGAUCGUGACAGAGGAUGGAGACUGUCGGGAAAUUCGAGUUCAGUAGAAAGGAUCUUGUAGGACAUGGUGCCUUCGCAGUGGUGUUCAAAGGCAGGCAUCGAGAGAAGCACGAUUGGGAGGUUGCAGUCAAAUGCAUAAACAAGAAGAAUUUGGCCAAAUCUCAGACUCUUCUCGGGAAAGAGAUCAAGAUAUUGAAGGAACUCAAACAUGAGAACAUCGUUGCAUUACAUGACUUCCAGGAAACGGCAAGCUCUGUGUACCUGGUGAUGGAGUACUGCAAUGGAGGAGACCUGGCUGACUACUUGCACUCUAAGGGCACUUUAAGUGAAGACACCAUCCGAGUAUUUCUGCAGCAGAUAGCGGGGGCCAUGAGGGUUCUUCAGGCCAAAGGCAUCAUCCACAGAGACCUGAAACCCCAGAAUAUCCUGCUUUCCCACCCUGCAGGCCGCAAGUCCCAUUCCAACAACACCUGCAUCAAGAUAGCUGACUUUGGCUUUGCACGGCACCUUCAGAAUAACAUGAUGGCCGCCACACUCUGUGGGUCCCCCAUGUACAUGGCACCUGAGGUGAUUAUGUCGCAGAAUUAUGAUGCAAAGGCUGACCUGUGGAGUAUAGGCACCAUCGUGUUUCAGUGCCUGACUGGGAAGGCUCCGUUUCAGGCCAGCAGUCCGCAGGACCUCCGCUUGUUUUAUGAGAAAAAUAAAACUCUCAGCCCGAACAUUCCUAGAGAAACUUCCAGCCAUCUGAGACACCUGCUGCUCGGCCUCCUGCAGAGGAACCAUAAGGACCGGAUGGACUUUGAUGAAUUUUUCAAACACCCUUUCUUGGAAGCAAGCUCCUCUAUGAAGAAGUCUGCUCCAGUGGCCAUGACAUGCUUUCCCAGCUCAGCCUCUGCCAGCUCAUGCAGUAGCUCGUCCACUUCACACCUGGCCUCUCCUCCUGUAAGUCAAUCCCUUGCGGAGAUCCAACAGGUCCGUGCGAAGGUGUUAGCCUCCCCAACACAAGACUCUCCAGGCUUCUUGCUGAAGGACUCAGGCGGUGGUGGUGGGGCCAGCAGUAGCAAGAACUCAUCCUGUGACACAGAUGACUUUGUCAUGGUUCCUGCUCAUUUCUCUAGUGAGCUUACCUGUGAAAUUCCUACAGGAAAGGUUCUCCAGGACAGUCUGAUGUAUAGUGGGAGUUCCCUUCUGGCUUCUGGAGGUCAGUGCAGUCAAGGCAAGACUCCACCAAUCUCCCCCUCCUACAGCAGCUCUCCUGGACCCAGCGGCGGGCCGAAUGAGUUAUCUGGGAGUAACUAUAGCAACUAUGGGCAGUCUAUACCCAUUCCAGUCCCCACACAGAUUCACAACUACCAGCGCAUGGAGCAGAACCUCCACUUCCCAGGUCAAGAGGGCUCUCCAUCUCCACGGUCUGGCACAGUCCAAAGGUACGGUAGUGGGAGUUCUCUGACCUGUGGACAAACAGGGCCCUCCCCUCCUCAGCUAGGAGGGCCUGGCUCUGCCCUCACUCCCUGUAGACUGUCUACAGGGGGCGCUAAACCCUUCCAGCUCUCUCCACAGUUUGGCACCAUUCCUGAGUUACCAGGCCAAAUGUGCACAGCAGGUGUAGAAAUGGGUCACAGGGGCUCCCGGGGUGGAGAAACCAAGGCUCGGACCCAGCAGCCACAGGGCCUGGGCACACGGCUCAACAGUGCCCCUUGUUUGCUCGAGGCGACUGGGGGGUGCAGGCAGAAGAUCAGAAAGCAGCAUUCAGACCCGGUGGUAGUCCCUCAAGGAAACAUGAUGCCCUUUAGGACCCUGCACUCCUCUCCCAGGCUUAGUGAACUUAUGCAACGCAGCCCCCUGCCAACCAUCCUGGGUUCACCUUCCAGAUCUCAGGCUAUGCCCCCAUUUGAGUUUCCCAAGCCCCCCAAUUCCCCAAACAUGGUCACGUUUUUGGCCCAGCAGGGCCUCAGGCCAGCUCAGGGAGAGCCCUGUCUGUCACUUGCCUACCAGGCUGAGGAGAAAAGAGGCUUUGGAAGGUCUCAGAGCGCUGGCCGCCUGUCUGAUGUGCUACUGAUGGCAGCGUUUGGAGGACAGAGAGGAGAUAGAGGCAGCAUGGAGAACCUUAAUUCUGACAGAGCCAUGGACAUCACAGCGUCCCCUGGUAGUGGAGCUUUUUUAUUGGGCUCAGGUAGCCCAGCUCGAGUGGUGUUCACCGUGGGUUCUCCGCCCAAUGGAGGGACACCUCCACAGAGUUCUCGCUUAAGGAAGUACUCCGUAGGAUCUUCAAGUUCCAUUAGUCCGGUGGGGUCCCUCACCAGUCGCUACCCACAAUGCAUGGACGGCUACGAGGGGCCCUCCAGUCCACGCUAUGGUUUCACUGACCCCAUCUCAGCCAACCUGGAAGGAGCUGUUACUUUUGAAGCCCCAGAACUACCAGAGGAGACCCUAAUGGAGCAGGAGCACACAGAAAUUGUGCAUAGGCUCCGGUUCAUGCUGGACUUUGCUCGCUGUAUGGUGGAGGUGGCUGAAGCCAGGGGUGGAGAGGCUGCCCAGGCAGAACAGUCCUCCAUAGGCUUACUCCGGCAGCAGAGCCUGGUCGCUGAUCAGAUCAGCUCUCUGAGCCGAGAGUGGAGUUAUGCAGAGCAGUUGGUGCUUUACAUGAAGACGGCAGAGCUUCUGUCAUCUUCACUGCACACAGCCAUGGAAGGAAUCAAACAGGGGAAGCUCUAUCCCUCUACUACGGUCAAACAAGUGGUCAGAAGGCUGAAUGACCUGUAUAAGUCCAGUGUCAUGUCCUGUCGUUCUCUGAGUGCUCAGCUGGAGCGAUUCUUCUCUCGUAAGCACAGACUCAUGGACCACAUCAACAGCAUCACAGCUGAGAGGCUCCUCUUCAGCCACACUGUACAGAUGGUACAGACCGCUGCUCUGGAUGAGAUGUUUCAUCAGGGCUCAGCAUCAGUUCAGCGCUACCAUAAGGCCUUGCUGCUCAUGGAGGGGCUCUCUCUCCUCCUCACAGAACAGGCUGAUGUCCUCAGCAUUAGCAAGUGUAAGCAAUGCAUCGAACGCCGUCUCACCGCCUUGCAAUCAGGCCUCUGUGUGUAAAGUCUCUCCACCAAGCUGCUGUUAAACGGCCAAGAUUCCCAUUCUGCCCCCUGCAACUGUUGUAUCUGUCUUUGUCUUUUUUCUAAGUGCUUUAGGGGAGGGAAGAGUCCUCUGAUUGGACCAAGUUAAUAUGACUGACAGCUGAUGUCAUAAUACUUGGGUCUGAUGGUGGAGAGACUUUAAAAGUUGGCAGUGUUCACCUGGCAACCCUUUAUAUCGUCACAGAGCCAGAAGGACAGAUUGAUCCCUUUGUUUAUUGUCAAGAGGAUACAUGUUUCUCUGUCGCUGAGUGGUUACGUCUCCACAGCUUGGUAAUCCACCAUGUAAAAUUGUAUACAUACCAAUUGCCAGUCAAGUGUGUACUACAAGAUGACAAGCCUUGUCACGUGUCCCAUGCUUUGUGAUCCGCAAUUGUUGGCUCAAACGGGUUGAGAAUAUGGUUGCGUGUUAUAAAAUGGGUUGUGCAAUUUUAGUUGAUUGACAAAGUUUACCCACCCCAAUAUCCUUAUUUUGUCCUUAGUUUGUAUUUAAUUAUCUGCCAAUUCAAUAUGUUAACUUCCAGAGAGAAGUUAUCAAAUGAUUUUAAGAGAAUUAUUAGUACAUUUGGCCAAUAGGGGAUGCUUCUUGUGUGCAUGCGUGUGUGUGGUUUCGCUUCGCUUCGUGUUUUGUUUCGCUUCGCUUCGUGUUUUGUUUCGCUUCGCUUCGUGUUUUGUUUCGCUUCGCUUCGUGUUUUGUUUCGCUUCGCUUCGUGUUUUGUUUCGCUUCGCUUUGUGUUUUGUUUCGCUUCGCUUCGUGUUUUGUUUUGCUUGCUUCUUGUUUUGUUUUGCUUUGUUUUGUUUCGCUUCACUUUGUGUUUUGUUUUUGUUUUGUUUUGUUUUGUUUGAAGUCACUUUGUUUGGUUGGUUUAAUUCCAAGUGUCCAGUCAGAUGAAGACAUAAUGACUGGAUGAAUGUUUUCAAACCAGCAAAAUGGCAAUUUUGUUCACCAUGUGAAUGUUAUUAGAUUUACCAAGGCCCAAAUUCGUCUAUCCCUCGCUUGAGAAUAAGCAUCAUCAUUAGAUUAAAUUAGUGAUCAUUAUUAUUAAUUGGCUGACCAAGUAACAGGCUGUUCAUGAAACAAAUUAGUAUGCCAAUUAUGUAAAAUACAUUCCCAUUCACAGAAGGAAAUUGUGCAAAGCCAGCAAAACAAUUUGUAGCACUUUAGUGAAUGUUUACCAAGAACAUGGUAAAUUCCAUUUCCUCCUUAAAAUAUCUUAAGAAAUGAAUGCAGUGUUUGGAUAUCUCUUAUGGCCUGAUUGCUUUUUCCUUCUUUAAAAAAAACCUAUUACUCUGUUUUGUUUUGUGUUUGGCAAUCAAUUGUAUGAAUGUAGCUUUACUUUUUAAGUCCAUGUGUUGGAUCGGAUUCAGAACCUAAACUGAUUGAGGGGCUAACACACGAAAAGAGGUCAAACUAAAGAGUCUUAAAUUUGUGCAUCAUUACAGAAAUAUUAGUUGUUUAAGAGGAAUUUUACUCAUGUAGUUGUUAUUCACACCCUGCUCUGUAAGAUAUGCUUUAUUUACGGAACGCUUCUGUGUUUUCUAGUUUAGAUAAUGGUGGUAUUAACAGUGGCUGGAUUUUUUUGCCAGCUUAAUAUUAGGUUUAAUUUAUUGUUCGCAUCAAAGCAGGGCAGAAUUUAUAAGAAACUCUCGAUUUUACCUUUUAUUACAGUCAUAUGUGUGCUUUGGUGAUCAGUUCCGGUCCUGAUUUCCACCAAGAUUAAAUUGGGACAUUUUAAAUACCCAUUUUAGUGUUUGUUUUGAGAACAGAAUGUACUACUACUGGGUUGUACAUGCAUAGAGAUGUGUUAUUUUUGUUGUUGAUGUGGGCUGUGUAUUAUCUGAAGCAGGUAUUUCAAGAACAGGUCUUAAGAUGGCAGUCUAUUUGAGUUGCUGCACUGUUUGAGGGCUCUACUGUAAUAUUAGCAGAAGACAUUCAAAAGUAACCAGAACAUUAGUGUGAAUGUCACAACAACAUGUCCAGGUCAUAUUUCACCCCAUAUCCAAAAAACAAAAGUAUAUUCUGCAUAAUGAAAAUGAAGCCAAUUUUAAGCACAUUUCUCACCUAGUUUUUUGUCUUCAAUCUUGAUGGUCUCAGAAAUAGACUUAUAAGAUAUAAUUUAGUAUUUCUUUAUUUUGAAUUUGAGGUGAUGUAUGACCUGGACAUGUUCCUGAAAGGUUUCACCAAUUUAGUAUAAGCACCACAUUUGAACACUUUCUUUGUAAAGUUUAGAGUCACUGCUCUUUAGCCUUUUAUUUCAAAUGUGGUUUGUUUGUUUGUGUCUGUUGAAGCUAUUUAAAACAUUUUAAAAAUGUGCCUUUGAAGAGAAAAAAGAAAAGAAAAAAUGAAAUACUGAAAAAUAUAUUGCUUGUGUUUUUUGUUUUUUUUUUUUGUUUGUUUUUACAUACUGUUAGUUAAUCUGCAGUGCAUUGUUGUUUUUUGUUGGUUUUAAUUGGUUGAAUUUGACCAGGCUGAUAUGCGGUGGAAUGGACAUUGGAUUUAGCUUUAUUUCUAGCUUGUGUGUGUGAAUGUACUUGUGUGUGUGUGUGUGUUAAAAGAAUCAUGUGUGCAUACAGUACACAGUUUUCUUUGAAUAAACUGAAGUGCAGUGUCAUUUAGUGGGACAUAAGCUGUUAUUGUUAGUUCCAAAGGCCAGUUGCCAUCAUAUUAAUGUGCUUUUUUUCCCCUAAUUCCUAAUUUAAUUUUAGCAACUUUAUUCUGUCCUCAUAAACAUGGUUUGUGCUUUACAUUCUUAAUUUGAACAGAGAAAAUGUUUUUCUCUCUCUCUUUCUCUCUCUCUGUCCAAAUAACAUGAGGAUCAUGCUGCAUUAAGAUGUGUUUUCCCAUAAGAUGUAUUUUUAUUGUGCUUUUAAAUUGCAUCAAAUUAAUAACACACAUUUAAGCUCAUCUAUCAAAUGUUAAUGUGCGGCAAAAUGGACAUUGAUGUAUAUUAGCAUUUUCAAUCACAUGAUGAAGCGUUUGUCAGGAGGUAGCAGAGGUCAUAUCUGUUACUGACUGAUCUACAGACACUAAAACUUGUUUCUGCAUCACUACACUGAUGUCCGACAGUCUCUUUCUGUUCUACAAUAAUAAUGACAUGCAUCUGUUUUACUCUGAACUCUUGGUAUCAAGUGUAAAUAUGGAAUGUAAAUUAUUGCUUUAAACUUGUACGCAUGAAGAUUUGCUUUCAGUCACCAUCUCCCCACCAAAGGAAAAAAAAAAAAAGAACGUUUCCAAUUUUGACUGGUGAUAAACACUUACAGUUGUCUGUUGUGUAAAGAAUUAAAGGACCUGUACACACCGUUUCAUGUCUAUAAGAUGUCAUUUUUUUAUUUUAUUUUUUUUUUUCUGCUUUAAAACGUUCAGCACCAAUAAAAGAGGAAAAUUGAAAA